AGGGCGGGGCCAAGCCUUAAAGGGUCCGGGAGCGAAACCCGAUCAGAGGCGGUGGCAGCCGCGGAAACCCAGGGUGCCGAUGCCACAUGACCCCUAUGUGGGUUUCUCUCAAACCUUUCUAAUGUCCGUACCCUAGUCUUAGGCUCAUGGAGCCCACGAGAGACUAUCCACUAUUCGGGGGCGCCUUUUCCACCAUCCUGCCCCCCGGGGCCAUUGAUGUAAGCGACCUCCGACCAGUACCGGACAAUCAAGAAGUUUUCUGCCAUCCCAUGACGGACCAGAGCCUGAUCGUGGAACUUCUGGAGCUGCAGGCCCACGUGCGGGGCGAAGCGGCUGCGCGGUACCACUUUGAGGACGUUGGCGGGGUGCAGGGGGCUAGGGUUGUCCAAGUGGAGUCUGUGCAGCCUCUCAGUUUGGAGAACCUGGCCCUGAGAGGCUGCUGUCAAGAAGCCUGGAUCCUCUCUGGCAAGCAGCAGGUAGCUAAGGAAAACCAGCAGGUAGCAAAGGAUGUGACACUGCAUCAGGCCUUGCUGCGACUGCCCCAGUACCAGACUGAUCUCUUGGUCACCUUCAAUCAGCCCUGCCCUGACAACAGGUCAUCUGUUGGCCCUGAAAAUCUGUCACCUCCACCCUGGAGCCUGGGUGACUUUGAACAGCUGGUAACCAGUCUGGCCCUUCUUGAUCCUAACAUCUUUGGUCCCCAGUAAAGGUGAAGCACUACAUGAUGUUGCUGAGUACUUGGGGAUCUAGUUCCAUGAGGGGAAAAAGAGGUUGACUAUCUGGGUUUCUGCUUAUUUCCUCUCCAUGCAUAAACAUAAGACACCUCUCUGUGGAAAUAAACUUGCUUUAUAACCAA